CCGCUGCAUAGCGAGUCUGAGUCUUCGUUCGGCACAUUCACCGUCUCUUUCUCCGAUAUUGUUCACAGCCGGAGUCACCCAUUAAUCUCCGUCUGUGUAUCUAUCAUAUAUAUCGAUCACCGUUUAGUCGGAGAGAGAAAUCUGAAAUGGCAUUCGAAAAGAUCAAGGUCGCCAACCCCAUCGUUGAGAUGGAUGGAGAUGAAAUGACUCGAGUGUUCUGGAAAUCAAUAAAGGAUAAGCUCAUUUUCCCCUUUUUGGAGUUGGAUAUUAAGUACUUCGACCUUGGACUUCCUUAUCGUGAUGCCACCGAUGAUAAAGUUACAGUUGAAAGUGCGGAAGCUACUCUUAAGUACAAUGUAGCAAUCAAGUGUGCAACCAUUACUCCAGAUGAAGCUCGUGUGAAAGAGUUUAGCUUGAAGCAGAUGUGGAAGAGUCCAAAUGGGACCAUUAGGAACAUUCUGAAUGGCACGGUUUUCAGGGAACCAAUUAUUUGCAAAAAUGUUCCCAGGCUUGUCCCAGGAUGGACAAAGCCAAUAUGUAUUGGAAGGCAUGCUUUUGGUGAUCAAUACCGAGCAACUGAUGCAGUCAUCAAAGGAGCUGGGAAACUAAAAAUGGUGUUUGUUCCAGAAGGGAAGGAAGAAAAGACGGAGUUGGAGGUUUUCAACUUUACUGGUGCUGGGGGAGUUGCUUUGUCUAUGUACAACACUGAUGAGUCCAUUUGUGCCUUUGCUGAAGCUUCAAUGAACACUGCUUACCAGAAAAAAUGGCCGCUCUACCUUAGCACAAAAAAUACUAUUCUUAAGAAGUAUGAUGGAAGAUUUAAGGAUAUAUUUCAAGAAGUUUAUGAAGCCAAUUGGAAAUCAAAGUUUGAAGCUGCUGGGAUAUGGUAUGAACACCGUCUCAUUGAUGAUAUGGUAGCUUAUGCUCUUAAGAGUGAAGGAGGUUAUGUAUGGGCUUGUAAAAACUAUGACGGGGAUGUUCAGAGUGACUUCUUAGCGCAAGGGUUUGGCUCUCUUGGGUUGAUGACGUCGGUCCUGGUCUGCCCUGAUGGAAAGACCAUAGAAGCCGAAGCAGCCCAUGGAACUGUUACUCGCCAUUACAGGGUUCAUCAGAAAGGAGGUGAAACCAGCACAAACAGCAUAGCCUCAAUAUUUGCUUGGUCUCGAGGGCUCGCACACAGGGCAAAGCUGGAUGACAAUGCUAGACUCUUGGAAUUCACUGAGAAACUAGAGGCAGCUUGUAUUGGUGUUGUGGAGUCAGGGAAGAUGACAAAAGAUCUUGCCCUUCUAAUCCAUGGAUCCAAGGUCACAAGGGACAAUUAUCUGAAUACGGAGGAUUUCAUUGAUGCUGUGGCAGAGGAGCUGAGAGCAAGACUUUCUUGCAAAUCAUCUGUAUGAAAAAAUUGAAGUUUGUAUGAAUGGUUUUGUUAUUUCUCUCUCCAAACCCAUAUAUAUAUAUCAAAUACUGGUUGGAUUGGAUGUCUCAUUUUGUUGGCUUUGUAGUUGUAGGCCUAGGCAGUCAAGUGGGAGCUGAAGCUUUCUGGUACUUCGAACUGAGAAGAAAUAAAGGGAGGGUCAUCUUGUGAGUUUAUUCCGGGAUGGUUGUGUUUCAGUGAACUGAAAUUUAUCUGCUACAAUUUGUGUGCUUUUUACUGCUUGAAUGUAUUUGGUUCGGAUUGCAUCAUUUCAAGUUUAUGUCAAAAACUAAUUGAUCCUACUUUGACCUUUAUGACUAAUUGUGGCGUAUGAUAUGUUAUUAAUUUCUAUUGUUUAUGAAUCAUAUCGUAUUCAAGUUG